AUGACGCGGGAUGAGACUCAUCGAGAAUUAGAUAGUGUUUCAGACACGGUUCUACUUACUGCUGGUCCGAUGCGGUCUGCCCUACUGGUAACUCUUGCAUACAGGGACUUUGCUGCCGUACUGGAAGUCAUUCCGUGGUACACCCUGAACCACCUACAAAUAAAGAAAUGCCCUCUUCCCAUUCUGAUCGGCCUUACUUCUUGGUCAGUGCAAUGCAUGCUCUAA